AUCCUGUGCAUCACCAUGCUCGGGCUCGGCUGCACGGUGGAGAUCAGUCAUAUGGGCGAGCACGUGCGCAGGCCAGUAGGGGUGCUGCUCGCAGCCGUCUGCCAGUUCGCCAUCAUGCCUCUGGUGGCCUUCCUGCUGGCGCUCGCCUUCUCCCUGGACGACGUGGCUGCUGUGGCGGUGCUGCUGUGCGGUUGCUGCCCGGGGGGCAACAUGUCUAACCUCAUGACCCUCCUGAUCAACGGCGAGAUGAACCUCAGUGUAAUAAUGACCACCUCGUCCACGGUGCUGGCGCUGCUGCUCAUGCCACUGUGUUUGUGGCUGUACAGUCGUGCAUGGAUCAACACCCCGGUGGUGCAGCUGCUGCCACUGGGCGCCGUCACUCUCACCGUGUGCAGCACACUCAUCCCAAUCGGACUCGGGGUUGCGCUCAGGUCCCGGUAUCCCCGCGCCGCUGACAUCAUGCUCAAGGUUUCACUGUGGCUGAUGCUCAUCACACUGGUGCUGCUAUUCAUCAUGACAGGUGUCAUGCUGGGGCCUGAGCUGCUAGCAACCAUCCCUCCUGCGGUGUAUGUAGUAGCUGUGCUCAUGCCAAUGGCAGGAUACGCAGCAGGCUAUGGGCUGGCUAUGAUCUUCUCUCUACCACCCAACAGCUGCCGCACCGUAUCACUAGAGACUGGCUGCCAGAACAUCCAGCUCUGCACAGCCAUCCUGAAGUUGGCUUUCCCUCCACAGCUCAUGGGGGCAAUGUACAUGUUCCCGCUGCUCUAUGCACUGUUCCAGGCGGCCGAGGCAGCCGUCAUCAUCCUGGUGUAUCGCAUGUACAGGAGCGAGGUGCUUCGCAAGCAGGACCUGAAUGGAGAGGACAGUGAUGACACCAACAUCACAUACAAGAGAAUGAAGGAGGAGGAAGACGGGCUGUUUGACACAGCGUACGGUUCAGUUACCGUAAACAAUCCCAACUCCAUUGAGAUGGAGACUCAGGGAGGGGCAGGAAGCCCAACGCCUCUGUAG